UUCAGUGCCAAUUCGUCUCAUAUAUUUUACUGGAUGGAUGAAUGGAUGGACCAAUGGCAAGGAACCGCAACAUGAAUAUGGUUGAGGCAAGGAGGAGAUCGCAGAUGGACGCGGUCCGUCACAGUCAGCUGAUGUGACUUGAACUGCACCUCGUCCUGUUCUUCCAGAGACAGCUUGCGUUUCUCGCUCGUUUCCUUUCUUAACAGAGCAGUGAAUGAAGACGAAUACGCCUUCAAAUAUAGCUCUUAUUACAUGUCAAUGACGCACGGCUCCCCGCAGACCUCGCUCACUCUCAACUGGGGGAUACACCCGCUGUGAAACCGCGGAAGAAACCUGUUUCACUCUGGCUAGGGGCAGCUGGGCUCUCUGCGACUACUCACGACUGCAAUGCCGACGCUCCCAUUCGUGCAAUACAUCCUUGGAGGCCUGGUGGGUCUGCCCUUCACUCCAGACUGCUGCACGCUGAAC